CCUCCCUCACUUUAUCCUCUCAACAGCGUUCACACAGAGAAACCUUUUGUUUUCUCAAAUCCCAAUUAAUGGCAUCAACCGCUGCAAUUACUGUUCGAGUAUCUAACCUUAACGGACUCCCUGGCCGGAGAAAACCUAACUGUUCCUCAUUUCCUUCAGUAGGUCAGCAGCUCGCGUCUUGGUCCGGUCACCAGAAAUCUGGGCAUAGCAGUAGAUCUCUCCGCGUACAUGGUCUAUUUGGAGGAAAAAAGGAUAACAAUGAAAAGAAUGAUGAUGCCCAAUCAAAGGCAGGAAUUUUCGGAAACAUGCAGAAUUUAUAUGAGACUGUAAAGAAGGCACAGAUGGUUGUCCAAGUUGAGGCAGUUAAAGUGCAAAAAGAACUUGCUGUAGCAGAGUUUGAUGGUUAUUGCGAAGGUGAGCUUAUUAAGGUGACACUUUCUGGAAACCAACAACCUAUACGCACAGAGAUCACUGAGGCUGCCAUGGAAUUAGGUCCAGAAAAGCUCUCCCUUUUGGUUAAUGAGGCAUACAAGGACGCACACCAAAAGAGCGUUCAGGCAAUGAAAGAAAGAAUGAGCAACCUUGCCCAAAGCUUAGGAAUGCCACCUGGCCUCAGCGAAGGAUUAAACUAAAAAUAUAGUCCUCUGAUAUACUGGGGAGUAAAGCGUGCUCAAGUUUUGUAAUUGAGCCGGUUAGAAGCGCCUGCUUGUAAGCGCCAAUCUGGAAUUAAACUAAAAGUAUAGUCCUCUGUGACCAUCUUGAAGCCAACAAACAAUCGCCCCCAAAAUCUUUUUUGUCUUUUAGUCUCCUUUUGAGUAGUAAAUUAAUGUCAAGAUUUUGGUAAUUCUGUUCCUGCCUUGCUCCUCUUACUGUUGCAAGGUUAGUCCCUUGUAUACUUCUGCGACUCUGUCCACCCUCCAAUCUAUUAGGAUUUAGGAAUGAUACAUUGAAGACAUUUGAUUGGAACAAAGUAAGCUACAGGGUUCUCAUUUGUGAAAUGAAUUAUUGUUCCUUGUUGCUGAA